AUGCUUCUCCAACCACCCAUUCCCACCUCCUGCCCUGCACCCAGCCUUGGCAGAGCCCUCGUGGCCAGAUGCCCAGUGCCUGUCAUGGAGUCGGAGCUGUACUUCCUCGUCAGCCAGUACCUGUCGACCAGCCUGUGCCAGAGAGUGGCCUGGCUGCCAGUGCUGGAGCUGGAGCAGUACCAGCUGCUGCUGAAGAGGUUGCACUGGGAGGGCAACGAGCACAGCAGAUACAAAGAACUGGUCUUGUCCAUCAAGCAUGUGGCUCCUGAUCAUCUGCUGUGGGUCUGCCAGUGCUUCAAUCCUAUUUUGGAUAAAGAAAUUCCACCCCCGUUUUCAAGAUACACUUCUUUCCUUGGUACAGGAAGGCAGUCUUUGUUACAUACAGCAAAACAUAGGUUAAUGUAA